AUGGGCGCCCAACCCUCCCACCACAUCAAGCUCGAGCACCGCGUCCCGCUGUUGACCGAGAUGCAACAGCUCUCGCUGGACAUCGACCGCAAGUACGGCCCUUCGCCCACACCGACCAUCCCGAGCACCACGACCACCUGCUCGUAUUCCCCGCCUUCACCGACUACGACGCACACGCACACGCAUCACACGCACGCGCACAGUUGUUUUAACAGUAGCGCCAUGAUGAUGCCGCCCCCGAGCAUGCUUUCCGCCCCGCUCGGCCCCGCCACCGGCUCGCCCGCCGGCUUGCUGUCAUCGUACCCGCCACCCCAUCACGAGCCGCCCUUCGGCUUCUGCGCGUGCUGCACGGCGCCGCUGCCGCCGCCCACGCCGUUGCCUGGCUCGCGCUGCGAGCACCGCCACAACGAGCAACUGCGCCACCGUCGGUCGUUGUCUGGGCUGCGGCUGCGGGCGAGGCUGCGGGGCUUGAUGCUCUGUGGCGGCGGCGGCGGCGAGUGUAACGAGAAGAAGCAGUCGAGGGGUCUGCGGUUGAGGUCGAGGAAGAAGGGGGGCAGGUGGGAGGGAGUUGACGAUGAUGCGGACAAUGUUAGUCUGGCGGAUAGCUUUACGACGGGGAGUAGCAGCUUGAGGAGCGUGAGGAGCGGGAAGCUGGUUAUGAUGACGGGUCUCGGACGGCGGAUAAUGAUAUAA